GAUAGCUGUGUUUCUCGCUUCAUUCCGACCCUGCACAUCGGCUUGAGCAGUCGUAAUGUAUCAAAUUAAAGAUAAAGUUUUUCUGGUAACCGGUGGAGCGGCGGGAAUAGGCGCUGGAGUGACACAGGCUUUCCUUGAACAAGGGGCUAAGCAUGUAGCUGCAUUAGACCUAAACGAGACCAGCGGAAAGAAACUAGAAAGUGAAUUGGCUGCCAAGUAUGGUCAAAAUAAGAUAACAUUUUACAAAUGUGACGUCACUACCAAGAAUUUGGAAGAUUGCAUAGACGCUGUUUAUAAGAAGCUCGGCUACAUCGACUGCGUGGUCAAUUGCGCUGGUAUCCUGAACGAUGGACCAAGUAUGAUGGUCAGGGCGAUAGAGGUCAAUGUAACGGCAUUGAUCAGGAGUUCAAUGAAGGCGCUCGAGCUGAUGCGUAAGGACCACGGCGGCAAAGGAGGCACUAUCGUCAACAUCUCAUCAAUCGCUGGAAUUUUCCCAUGCACCAGCUUACCCAUCUACUGUGCCACCAAAAGCGCUGUCUUACAGUUCAGCAACUGUCUUGGUUCGGAACCACAUUACCCUCGUACUGGAGUCCGUGUGAUCACCAUGUGUUUCGGCUGCACCGACACCGCCUUGCUUAACAGCAAUAACUAUAGAGCCAUCGACAAAGAAACGGAUGACGAAGAAGCUAUAACGAACCUCGUUAAAAAAUUACCCAUGCAGAAGCCCGAAUCAGCAGUGAAAGGCAUCAUAGAAGCUUACAAGCGUGGCGCAAGCGCAAGUACAUGGCUCGUAUCAGCUGACAGGGCGGCUGAGGACAUCACAGAGAACGUUAAGAAAGGAUACCAAAUCAUGAGCCAAGGGGUCUUUGAUAAGAACACUGCAUAAGCGCGCAUGCGCGAUAAAAUUCUAAGUAUAAUAAACAUUACCUAUAAAUAAUCGGAUAUAUAAUAAUCAAAAAAGAAGAAUUAACAGAUUUUUUGUUUCUUGUGCUCUUUUACCACUAAAGAUAGUGAACUUAAGUUACUUUUUCUAUAAAUCAGUUAUAAAUAAAGAAAAUAAUUUAAAA